CAUUUCUGCUGUAUAAUAUUUAGUUUAGUCCAAAAGAAAAAAGAGAGAGAACUGAGAUGAGAUUCUUGAGUUGAGGCGAUGACUGGUCCAGUGGGUCGCUGGCGGCUGGGACAGAGACGGUGAGUCUGGCGAUGAAAGGGGCUGGAGCAGAGAGAUUCAAAGUUAGAUCUACGUUUCAUUACUUCUUGGAAAAACUCUAAGUACUUUAUUCAAGCCACGCAUUAACAAGUUAUACCAAGGAAAAAUCAGCAUUCUCUAGAAUGGACGGGAGAAUUGAAAGGAUGGAGCAAGUUGCUGAAAACAAUAUUGAUUUCUUUUACGGCUUAAUUAAGAAGGAUGUGAAAUAUUUAGAUCACAUCGAUGAGUUUCCAUUUUUUGAUACCCCUUUACACAAAGUUGUAUCUAAAGGGAACAUCCCCGUUGCUAUGGAGAUAAUGAGAUUAAAGCCCUCAUUUGCUAGAAAACCAAAUGAAGAUGGGUAUAGCCCCAUUGACCUUGCUCUACAAAAGGGGCAUUUCGAGAUGGUGCAUCAGCUUCUACAUGUUGAUCAAGACCUUGUCCGUGUCAGAGGCAGGGAGAACAUGACUCCUUUGCAUCAUGUAGCAAAAAGAAAUGAUCAACUUGAUCUAUUGACUGAAUUUAUAUCAAUCUAUCCAGAUUCUAUUAUCGAUGUGACAACACAAAAUGAGACUGCUCUACAUAUUGCCCUUAAAAAUAACAGUAUCGAGUCUUUUAAAGCCUUGGUGGGAUGUCUCACCAGCAAUUGGUCCCAAAAUGCCUUAGAUUAUGAGAGGAAAAUCUUGAACUGGAAGGACAAGGAUGGCAACACCGUGUUGCACAUUGCAGUGGACAAAAGACAAACUGAGGCUGUGAGGCACUUGUUCGCUCGGAGUAGUGAGGUUGAUGUAAAAAUUAAGAAUAAAGAGGGUAAAACAGCAUGGGACAUCCUGCAAAGACAAAGAGAAACACAAAGACAAACACAAACACAAACAGGCAACAGCGAGAUGAGGAAGAUGCUAAUCCGUGUCGGAGCUUCAGAGGGUUCAUCUAUUACUACAUCCAGACGUCUUGAAAAAAUUCGAAUCAAGUGUGCUCGUCAAAUAACGACAAUAUCAGACGAUAAGCGCAAUGCGCUUCUGGUGGUUGCUACACUGCUUUUAUCAGUCACCUAUCAAGCGGCACUCAACCCUCCUGGAGGACUUCACGAAGGCAUUUCGAAACCAGGCGCUAAUUUUUCACGGAUUAGUACCAGGCCUUGUCCGGCUAAUGCAUCAUCAUAUCAUCGAACUUGUGGAAAAAAAAAUCUAUUCAAAGGGACAGAAGGUCAAGGGACAGCCAAUCUUGUUAACACAAUCCCCUUUUCGGUGUUCUUAUUUUCUAAUUCUGUGACAUUUCUUAUCUCAAACUCAGUAACUGUUCUCCUCAUUCCAGACGGGUACAUUGGUUGGAUGUUAUCCGGAACUCAAGUCUUCCUCUGGGCUUGCUAUAUUGUGUCCUUCGCGGCCAUAACCGGCUAUACAAAUUUUUGGAUUACUCUAAUUUCUAUUGGUUCAAUGCUUUAUCUGAUCCUACUACACGCCUUUUCUUGUUGGACAAGAAUAAGAAGAAGGCGUCAUGGUCUAGGCCUACGUGGUUUGCCGAUUCCUUUACAGGAAAAUGGAUGCCGGGGUUACGUGUAGAGUCAUCACCAACUCUACAGCAUUAGCCGGUGAUAACUUUCAUGCAUGUGUGAUUUACUUCUGGAUGUUUUUCAUGCUUAGGUGAUAAUAUGACUUUCUGCUUUGGUUUUAGGUGGAAGCAUUAAAUGCUUUGUUUUCUUGUCUCCUUUGUAAUAUCUAGGUAAUAUAACUUUCUACUUUGCUUUUAAGUGGAAGUAUUUAAUGCUUUGUAUCAAUAUAUCCAACAGAGGUAUUGUAUCCAAGAAGUGAUAUAGCUAAGUGUAGUGAGAUAGCAAAUAACUGUGAGGAAAUAAGUAGUGAGUGAAAUAGUGAAGAGUGGUGUGUCAUGUGUGUAGGAAAGUGUGUGUAAUGUAUUAAGCAUAAAUAAAAAUUAUAUUUUAUUGAUAAAUUUAAAUAAAAA